AUGUCCACCCUCAAAGAAAUCACCUCCGAGGAGGAGUGGAACCAACAUGUUGCCUCUCUCCCACCAACUACCCUCCAGAUCAUCUCCUUCCACGCCCCAUGGGCAGCUCCUUGCAAGCACAUGACGACGGUGUUGCAGACUCUGGCUUCGUCCUACCCAGUCACAGAUCCCCUGACAACCUCAUGGGUCUCCAUGAACGCCGAGGAGGUCAUCGAAGUCAGCGAUUCCUUCGACGUCACUGCCGUCCCAUACCUCGUUCUUACCCGCAACCAACAAGUCCUCGAGACCGUCAGCGGGAGCGAUGCCACGAAAGUACGAGCGGCAAUUGAGAAACAUGCAAACGGAGCCGGAGCAGGAAGCAAUGGAGUCAGCGUAGCAACCAGCAACGGGGCCGGCGCAAAGAACCUCGGCAGCUACGCACCAGCAUCAACAGACUCGGCUGUGUCACCUCUGGCCGCAGCAGGCGAAACAAAACAGGAUAAGGAAGAUCUACACCAGAGAUUAUCGAAUCUGGUCAAGGCCGCGCCCGUGAUGUUGUUCAUGAAGGGCACACCGAGUGCUCCGCAGUGCGGUUUCUCAAGACAACUGGUUGGGAUCUUGAGGGAGAACUCGGUCAAGUAUGGAUUCUUCAACAUAUUGGCAGAUGACGAGGUCAGGCAAGGGCUGAAAGAAUUCGCCGACUGGCCAACCUUCCCCCAAUUAUGGGUUGAUGGUGAGCUUGUUGGCGGUCUGGACAUCGUAAAGGAGGAACUGAGCAAUGACCCGGAUUUCUUAAAGCCCUACAGUGUAGUGAAGAGCACUGGAGCGGCUGCCCCAUCCCAA